UAAGUCACAAUUGGCUUUGUGCUGGAGAACAUGUAUCAUUUGGUGUACUCAGGCACGGAGGAGAUCAAGAGUCUCUUGUGACAAGCACACAGCUCCGGCUCACCCAGCUGUGACGGAAGAGGACUCCUGUAAUCCCAGACUAGAAGUGUUGCCUUGUCCUGAUGUCUGUCCAUGAGAAAAUUUCCACAGCAGAUUUGAUGGAGAACCUCAGGGAAGAGCUCACCUGUUUCAUCUGCUUAGAUUAUUUUAGCAGUCCAGUGACCACCGAGUGUGGGCACAGCUUUUGUCUGACGUGCCUCCUGAAGAGCUGGGAGGAGCACAACACACCUUUGUCUUGUCCCGAGUGCUGGAGGACUUUGGGAGCCCCUCAUUUCCAAGCUAAUGAGCGCCUGGGACGACUGGCUAACAUUGGAAGACAGCUCAGAUGCCAGGUGCUGCAGAGCGAGGACGAGCAGAGCAACAGUGGGAGAACACCGGGGCCCAGUAGGGUGUUCUCUGACGAUGAGCAGAGUGUCAUUAAUUUCUCACCUCCAAAUCACGGCAUGAACAGGGCAUAUUUCUCAAGUGAGGCUGAGGAGCAGCACAAAGAAAAACUCCAGGACAUCGUAAAUAUUUUACGGAAAAGGAAGAAGGAAGCUCAAGCCAUUCUGAACCAUGAGAAGGAGCGUGUAAUGCUGUGUAAGCAGGAGGAGACAAAGACCUGUAAGCAGGUCGUCGUGUCUGAGUACAUGAAGAUGCACCAGUUCCUGAAGGAAGAGGAGCAGCUCCAGCUCCAGCUUCUGGAGAAGGAGGAAAAGGAGAACGUGAAGAAGCUGAGGGAAAACGAGAUCCAUCUGACCCAGCAAGUCCGCCGCAUCAACAAAAUGAUUGGUCGGAUCGAGUCCAUCUGUCAGAACUUGACUUUAGAGUCUUUUGAGGAAGUCAGAGGAGCCAUGGAUCGGUAUGAGUCCCUGUUGUUUCAGUGUCCAGAGACAACCAUCACGGAACUGAGUCUGUGUCGCAUCACCGGGAUGAGGGAGAUGCUGAGAAAAUUCAGCAAUAUAACUCUAGAUCCAGCCACAGCCAACGCUUACCUACUUUUGUCCGAUGAUCUCAAAAGUGUGCGAUACGGAGGGACCAAACAGCAAUUACCUGACAACCCCGAGCGAUUUGAUCAGUCUGCAACUGUGUUGGGAGCCCAGAUCUUCACCUGUGGGAGACACUACUGGGAGGUGGAAGUGGGAAAGAAGACGGAGUGGGAAGUGGGUAUCUGCAAGGACUCUGUGAACAGAAAGGGGAAUCUCCCCAAACCUCCUGGGGACCUCUUCUCACUCAUAGGCUUAAAAAUUGGUGACGAUUAUAGUCUCUGGGUUUCAUCACCCCUGAAAGGUCAACAUGUCCGAGAGCCAGUGCAUAAAGUUGGUGUGUUCUUGGACUAUGACUCUGGACACAUAGCAUUCUACAAUGUGACAGAUGAGUCCCUCAUCUACAGCUUCCCUCCGUCCUCUUUCCAUGAAGCUCUCAGACCUAUCUUUUCUCCUUGUCUUCCAAAUGAGGGAACAAAUACAGACCCUCUUAUCAUCUGCCACAUCUGACAGAACAUCCCCUGAACCUUCCUUCAGUGAAGACAAGGUCAAGGAGACACUAAAGUGGUUACUGCAUUCAAAGACAUCAUACCUCAGAUUACCUGGAAAAAAUAUCCUCCCUCCCCAAAGACUUUCCACAAACCUAGUUCUGCAAUGAAGAGCCAAUUAAAAAUCUAUUCAACACCAAGACUAGAAAGAUGGCACCCUGCUUUUAAUCCAGUUAUCUGAGCGGCACUGUGUGUGCUGGCCACUCAACAUACAGACAGCACUGUUAGUAUCCUGUUUUACCUCUCUGUCAUAGGAAAGCUAUCUAAAUAUAUGGCAUUUUUUUCA